CACAACUCCUCACCCACAGGCUGCCCCUCCGAGCCCAUCACUGCCACCACCAUCGCCACGAACCUCCUGUUAUCCCUGGAUUACACCUCUGAGGAGUUCAACCUGUGCCUGAGCAACGAUGUCUUAAUGGAAAACCUGGAGGCUCUGCUGGACAUGCCGUUCACCGUGGAGUACCACGAGGUCAUGAAAGAAAAGGUGGACCAGACUUACCCGUCGGGGAUCCCGGAGGAGCAGCUGAGGCGCCUGGGACUGCUGGCCCGCCUGUACUCGGAGGAGGAGAUCAGUCAGUGGUCAGUGACGUCCAAUGACACACUGGCAGCCCUGCUUGACCCCUCGGGAGGGCGCUGGGAUGAUUCCCAGGUGCAGCAGCUGCUCAGCAGGUACCUGACCCUGGGGGGCACCUUGACCGGGCCCCUGCUCCAGGCCAUCGGGGGCAGAUGCCUGUGCAACCUGCAGGAGGAGCAGAUGGAGCAAAUCCCCGCCCAAGCAAUCGGGACUGCUGGGCAGUUAGACAUUUCUGCCUGCUCCCAAGCCAAGAAGGAGCUGCUCUACAGGAAGGCUCGGGAGGCCUUUGCUGACCUGGCCAACACCCCCAGUGUGUAUUACUGCCGGCUCCGGCCAUACCUGGGUGGAGCUCCAGCAGAGGACCUGAAAGCCUUGGCCAAUGCUGGCGUGGCCAUAGACAUGGAUAUGGACACCUUCCUGUCCCUAAAUCCCAAGGAACUGCAGAAACUCAGUGUCAUGGACGUGAAAAAUUUGCUCGGGGAAAACCUCCCCGAGCUGAAGAAAGCUGAGAACGAGCCCAUGGUGAUGGGCUGGGUGGAGAGACAGUUCCAGAGGGAGCUGGACCGUGUCCUGGGAAUCGGCCUGCAGGGAGGGAUGGAGGACCCCACGGGGACAACCACGCCUGCUGCCCCCCCCACCACAGCCAGUGUCACCUCCACAGCCACCAGCCCUGUGCCCACCACCCUCUCAACUGUCCCCACCUGUCCUUGCUCCACCACCCCAGAUAUUGUCACCUCCACAGCCACUGUCCCAACCCCUCCUUACUCCACUACCCCAGCCAGCGUCACCUCCAGAGCCACUGUCCCCACUUCCAUCACCCUCCCCACUGUCUCCACCCCUCCUCAUCCCACCACUCCAGCCAGUGCCACCUCCACUGGCACUGUCCCUGUGCCCACCACCCUCCCCACUGUCCCCACCCCUAUUGCCACUACCACCCCCCCGACCACCCAGUCAAGUACAGUCCCCCUCCAGACCCCCACCCCAAGUGCUCUCAGCCCAACCCCCCUAAACAACAGUCCCCCCUCCACUGAGAGUCCCCCUGCCACUUCCACUGCCACCUCCACUGCUCAUCCCACUCUGACCACCUCCAUCGCCCCCCCGUGCUCCACCCACCCGUCUCCCACCACAAAUAAGGCCACCCCGUCUCCUGUCCCCCUCCUCCCCACCACCCUGGCCCCUGUCAACCCCAACACCACCUCUCCCAGCUCUGUCCCAGUCCCUGCUGUCACCUCCAGGGCCACCACCAGCACCAGUGUCGGCACUGACCCAGCUGGUACCACCCACAGCACCAGUUCCCCUCUGGUGCCCGUGAACACCCCAGCACCCGGGGGGACCACUCACCCUGCUCCUGCCACCCACAGCACUGUCAUCCCCAGCACCCACAGUGCUGCCAGCACCCCUGUCCCUAAUCCCACCUCUGCUCCCACUGCCACCCCUGUCCCUAAUCCUACCUCUGCACCCACUGCCACCCCUGUCCCUAAUCCCACCUCUGCUCCCACUGCCACCCCUGUCCCUAAUCCUACCUCUGCACCCACUGCCACCCCUGUCCCUAAUCCCACCUCUGCUUCCACUGCCAUCCACACCACUGUCACCUCCAUCUCUAAUCCCACCUCUGCUCCCACUGCCACCCAUCACACCCUCACCUCUGUCUCUAAUCCUUCCUCUGCAGCCACUGCCACCCACACCACCAUCACCCUGAGCACUCCCAGUGCUCCCAGCACUCCUGUCCCUAAUCCCACCUCUGUUCCCACUGCCAUCCACACCACUGCUCUCCCUGUCCCUCACUCCCCCUCUGCACCCACUGCCACCCACAGCUCUGCCCGCCCUGUCCCUCUCUCCACCUCUGCUCCCACUGCCCCAGCCACAAGCCCCCCUCCCCACAAGCCCACCCCAGUUCCCAGCUCCACCAUCUCCACCCAAAAGAGCAUCAUCUCCUCCACGCCCGAGACCACCACAGUGCCCUGCCCGACCAGUGGCUCCCCGGGAUUCCCCAGCCCUUCCUCCACCACCACCAGCAGUGAGGCCACCAAACCAACCCCCGGAGCUGUGCCGGAGUCACCGCGACCAACAUCCAACGGACACAUCAACCUGCAGCCCAAGCCUGAUUCAGGACCCAGACUGUCCUCCUGCCUCAUCCAUGUGCUGGCUGUCACCGUGGGGACCCUGCUACUGCAGGGGCUGCUCUGAGUCCCCCCCUCAGCACCACACCCACCCCAUCCCUCCUUCAUCUCCACCACCCUGCAACACAAUGGUGCUGGGAAAUUCCCUGCUGGAAAAGCAGAAACCUGGGAAAGGAAGAGAACUCCUCCAUUUGAUACCAGCACAGAACGGGAUCAUUAUUUUUGAGGCUGGGCAGUGAAAGGAGAACUGGUAUUUUUCAGCCCAGAGAAGCCCCACGGGUACUUACUAGCAGUUUACUCCAUGUAGUACCAGCAGUGCUGAGUGCUCUGACAGGGCAAUAACACCAGGCCCACUUCUACCAGGGGCUUUCCUUCUAAGGAAUCCCACUGGGAUCUGUGAAACAGUGGGACAACUCAGGGAUUGGAGUCACUGGCCACUGCAAAAGAAGCAGAACACAGCCCAGCAAUGCAGCUGAGAGAUCCCCAAAAUGGCAUUUACUCAUUUCAUGAACUGCUUUUUGAUCCAGAUCUGUUCAAACUCCACGAAGACUCCCAUGGGAUGAUUCACUGAAGAUAAUUUAUCUUGAUAACUGGUGCAAUGCUAUACAAU